AAUUCCAUCCCCCCCUCCCAAAACGUUGCCGUAUCACCUCAAUUCAUUUCAUUCCACGUCACCAAAUAACAGAUUAGUCGCCCCCAUCCACCAGCAGUCAUUCAUUCAAUCACCACCACCGAUAACAUUCUUUUCAUUAUAUUAUACAGUACAUAAAUAUAAUUAUAUGUAUAUAUUUCAUCACAAUCUCUGUUAAUUCUUUGUUAAAUGUAACAAAAAAAAAUGACUUUAAUUCUCAAUAAUAAUAAUCAUUUAAUUAGAUUAAAUCAUCAUUUUCAUAUUCAAUCAAACAAAUUCAAAUUCGAUUUCAAUGUCAAAGCAAAAUCUAGUAGUACUAAAUUUCGCUACUCGAAAACUAACGGAAUUAAUAACGGAGAUAACGGAAGGUUUGUUAAUUUAACUUCGAUAAAAGCUGCUUCUGUUAAUGGUUAUUCUGUUAACGGUUAUCCUGAUAAGGAUGCUGAUUUGAAAGUAAAUGAUGGAGUGAGUGCGGAAAAUGUGGGGAGGUUAUCGAGUGUUUUUCGGUCGGUUUUGGAUGUGUUGCCUGGUGGAAAAUGGUGGAAGUUUUCUCAUGAAGUGGAGAUAGUAGGAAUUGCGAAACCUGUGACGUUGGUUAAGGCAUUGAGACGGAUGUGGGGAUUGAUUUCGAGUGAUCGUUGGGUUAUCAUCGCGGCUUUCUCUGCUCUUAUUUUAACCGCGCUUACAGAGAUCUCCAUUCCUCAUUUCUUGACGGCAUCUAUAUUUUCAGCCCAAAGUGGAAAGACCGCAGUUUUUUAUGGAAAUGUGAAGCUGUUGGUUUUCCUAUGUGUGACUUCUGGUAUAUGCAGUGGAUUAAGAGGUUGCUGGUUUGGCAUUGCAAAUAUGAUUCUUGUUAAACGGAUGAGAGAAACAUUAUAUUCCACCCUUCUCCUCCAGGAUAUAAGCUUUUUUGACAAUGAAAGUAUUGGCGAUUUGACUAGUCGGCUAGGUUCAGAUUGUCAGCAAGUGUCACGGGUCAUUGGGAAUGAUCUUAACUUAAUAUUACGCAAUCUUCUUCAGGCGACAGGGGCUUUGAUCUACUUGCUAGUAUUGUCUUGGCCGCUUGGCUUAUGCACAUUGGCCAUAUGCUCCACUCUAUCAUUAAUAAUGUUACGAUAUGGGCAGUACCAGAAGAAAGCAGCAAAGCUAACACAAGAGUACACCGCAUCUGCAAAUGAAGUUGCACAAGAGACAUUUUCUUUGAUGAGAACAGUUCGAGUUUAUGGAACUGAGAAUAAAGAACUUAACAGGUACGACAAUUGGCUGGAUAAACUAGCGGAUAUCAGCUUGCGAACCAGUGCGGCAUAUGGAAUUUGGAAUUUCAGUUUCAACACGCUUUACCAUUCUACACAGGUUAUUGCGGUGCUGAUAGGAGGAAUGUCUAUCAUGGCUGGGCAUAUAACAGCUGAGCAACUUACAAAGUUCAUAUUAUACAGUGAAUGGCUGAUUUACUCGACAUGGUUUGUGGGUGACAAUUUAUCUUCAUUAAUGCAAUCGGUUGGGGCAAGCGAAAAAGUAUUCCAGAUGAUGGAUCUUGCACCUAGUCACCAGUUUACUUCCAAAGGGUCAAAGUUGUCAGACUUGAAGGGCUGCAUUGAGUUUGUUAAUGUAUCAUUUAGAUAUUCAUCGAGAGAAACGGUACAUGUACUACGAGAUAUAAGCAUUACUGUGAAUCCAUAUGAAGUAGUUGCACUUGUUGGUCUUAGUGGUAGUGGGAAGAGCACAAUAGUGAAUCUUCUGCUUCGUCUCUAUGAACCAACAAGCGGCCAGAUCUUGAUUGACGGGUCUCCUCUAAAGAAUUUGGACAUCAAGUGGCUUAGAGAAAGAAUUGGAUAUGUUGGACAGGAACCUCGGCUCUUUCGGAUGGAUGUCAGAUCAAAUAUAGCGUAUGGAUGUACAAGAGAUGUAAGUCAAGAGGAUAUUGAAAGGGCAGCAAAGGAAGCGUUUGCCCAUGAUUUCAUUUCGUCCUUACCUGAGGGCUAUAAAACAAUUGUGGAUGAUGAUUUGCUUAGUGGAGGACAGAAACAGCGGAUUGCAAUUGCCCGGGCAAUCCUCAGAGACCCAUCCAUUUUGAUACUUGAUGAAGCUACUAGUGCUUUGGAUGCCGAGAGUGAAUACAAUAUUAAGGGUGUACUACGUGCUGCCGGAAAUAACUAUAAGAGGACUGUCAUAAUAAUUGCACACAGGCUCUCCACUGUACAAGCAGCUGAUAGAAUAGUUGUCAUGGACCGUGGCCAGAUCAUCGAGAUGGGAAAUCACAAAGAACUUCUCCUUAAAGAUGGCUUGUAUGCACGAUUAACCAGAAGACAAGUCGAUGCAGUUGGUUGAUAACCUGAGCAUAUCAUCCUAAUUGUAGUUUUCGGUAUGUACAUUCUAUUACCAUGCUAUGGAAUCUUGUACACAAGAGCAGAUGUAUCAUGGAAGGCAAUGAAGAUACAAUUUAUAAAUAUGGAGAAAAAAAAGGGAGUUUUGAUUGUAUUCUCUACUAGGGAUUCUUGGGCGUCAAAAUUAGCGUACUCUCUAUAUAUAGACAUAUAGUUCAAAAAUAUAAGAUUUACCUUUUUAUUUGAUUGCAAUUGGUCUCCUGUUGCAACUUGCAGCUUAAGUUUGUUGCAAAGAUUGCUAAGAAACAAGGUAAUCUCCAACAAGAAGUGAUAUUGGAUUAGUUAUGAAUAUCAAAUUGUACUUGCAACAACUAAUGUUGAUUCCUUGAAGCGUGUUAUAUUCUUAUUCCAUCUGUUUGGCA